CUUUCGGCUUUCAUCAGUGAUAUUGGUGGGGAAAUGGUUCACUCACUAUAUCACUGACCUCUACGAUCUCCAUACUAUUCAUCCUCAAAGUUGAAUUUUGUUUCUGUGAUUGCUUUGGGGGUUUUACUUAUGGAAAAUCCUAAUACUGUUGACGAUGGCGGCAGUGACCGGCCGACGAUCAUGGUAACAAACGAUGAUGGAAUUGACGCACCGGGUCUGCAGGCCCUAGUUCGUGUCCUCGUCUCCACCAAUCAAUACCGUGUGUGGGUCUGCGCCCCCGAUUCGGAAAAGUCAGCUGUCAGUCAUUCUAUUACUUGGCGUCAUCCUCUCUCCGCAAAACGAAUCGACAUUAAUGGAGCGACAGCCUUUGCUGUUUCUGGAACUCCAGCUGACUGUACUUCAUUGGGAAUCUCAAAGGCACUAUUUUCUUCCGAGCCUGAUCUGGUAUUAAGUGGCAUAAAUAUGGGCAGCAACUGUGGUUAUCACAUUGUCUACUCAGGGACAGUUGCAGGUGCUAGGGAGGCCUUUUUCAAUGGUUUACCAUCUGUUUCAAUAUCAUAUGAUUGGGUUGGGGGUACAAGCAGCAUCAAUGACUUCACACUUGCUGCUGAAGCUUGCUUACCUUUAAUAAGUUCCAUUCUUGUUGAAAUCAAGACUAAAACAUUUCCUCAAAAAUGUUUCUUGAAUGUAGAUUUGCCAACAAAUGUUCUCAAUCAUAAGGGUUAUAAGCUGACUAAGCAAGGAAAAAGUAUUGUUAAAAUGGGUUGGAAGCCAGUUUCUAGUGAUGCACAAGGUGCACAGAUGUUAUCAACAAUGACAAUGGAGUCAAAUUCAGUAGCAUCAAAUCCUGAUGCUACUAAUUCUGUUUCUAAAGAACAGCUUUUAUUCAAGAGAGAGGUGAAGGGAGGCCAUGUGGAAGAGGGUGACACUGAUUCUUGUUACCUUAAACAAGGAUAUAUAACUGUCACCACCCUUGGGGCCUUAAGUCAUGCGGAUAAUGACUCCCAUACAUUUUUCAAAGAAUGGUUACCAAUAGUGGCUGACCGUACCUCUCCUUCAGCUUUGUGAUUACUUUAUGCAGAUUGUCUGCAUGUCAAAUGCAGUACAACCUGGACUGUCCUGUCAUGUUAAGAAAAUUCAAAGUUCUAUAUAUUGAAAAUUUAAAUUGUUCUAUCUUUAGUUCGAUCCAAUUAUCUUUGUCAAUGUGGUGGUAAUCGUAUUUUAGAUGCAAGACUUGGAA